CAUAACAAAGUUUUUAAUUAAUCAAUAGAUAAGGUGUAAUUUUUCAGUAUUAUUUAUUAAUUAACUUGCCAGCAUGGAUUCACAUCCCACAUGAUGGAGUGGUUUUCACUUUGACCAACUUUGACAUUUAGCAAACAUAACCUGUAAUUUAACGUGCUCUGCGGUGUUUUUGUGGUCAAUAUAAUUUAAGUGAAUCCGGAAAAUGGACUUAAUUCAGGACGAAAAGAAUACAAAGGUUAAAGCAAAAAACAAGAAAGGUGCUGGUGACAAUAAAACCAACAUAAAGGAACUUCAACCAUGGCCUUCAUUCAUUCAAGAUCGCCUAACACUGUGGGAUAAACUAAAAAAUCAGUAUGAAGCUGAACUUGCUUCAAAACCUCAAACAUCUAUCAAAGUUACCUUGCCAGAUGGCAAAGUUGUGGAUGGCACUUCAUGGAAAACAACAGCUUAUGACAUUGCUAAAGGCAUAAGUCAAGGUUUGGCUGAUAAUGCAGUUAUAUCCAAAGUCAAUGGUGUACUUUGGGACUUGGAUCGACCUUUAGAAGAAGACUGCAAGGUGGAGUUGUUGAAAUUUGAUGACCCAGAGGCACAAGCAGUAUUUUGGCAUUCUUCUGCUCAUAUUUUAGGAGAAGCCAUGGAAAGGAUGUAUGGUGGUUGUUUAUGCUAUGGUCCUCCUAUAGAAUCUGGAUUCUACUAUGAUAUGUUUUUGGAUGAUAAAGGAGUAUCCAACUUGGACUUUCCUUACAUGGAAAAUCUAAUCAAAACUAUUACAAAAGAAAAACAACCAUUUGAAAGGCUGGAAUUGAAGAAAGAAGAUUUACUAGAAAUGUUUAAAUAUAAUCCAUUCAAAGUUCGUAUAUUACAAGAAAAGGUUAAUACCCCCACAACUACCGCAUAUCGUUGCGGCCCCCUCAUUGAUUUAUGUCGGGGACCUCACGUCAGACACACUGGCAAGAUCAAGGCAUUAAAAAUUACUAAGAACUCCUCAACUUAUUGGGAAGGAAAAGCUGAUGCUGAAACAUUGCAACGAAUUUAUGGUAUAAGUUUUCCUGAUCCUAAGUUGCUUAAGGAAUGGGAAAAGUUUCAGGAAGAAGCUGCAAAACGAGAUCAUCGCAAAGUGGGAAAAGAACAAGAGUUAUUCUUUUUUAACGAACUGUCGCCAGGGUCUUGUUUCUUCCUUCCUCGAGGAGCUCACAUUUAUAACACCCUUGUUAAUUUCAUAAGAUCAGAGUACAGGAAGCGUGGGUUUCAAGAAGUGGUUUCUCCAAACAUCUAUAACGUGAAGUUGUGGCAAGUUUCUGGUCAUUGGGAACACUAUGCUGAAAACAUGUUUUCUUUUGAAGUAGAAAAGGAUACUUACGCAUUGAAGCCAAUGAAUUGCCCAGGACAUUGUCUUAUGUUCGAUAACCGUACAAGAUCCUGGAGAGAGUUACCCCUGCGUUUUGCGGAUUUCGGUGUGUUACAUCGUAACGAAUUGUCGGGUGCUUUAACAGGACUUACCCGAGUAAGACGAUUUCAGCAAGAUGAUGCUCACAUCUUCUGUGCCCCCGAACAGAUUAAAUCUGAAAUGAAGGGAUGUUUGGACUUUUUGCGAGAAGUUUAUAAAAAAUUCGGUUUUACCUUUAAUCUUUGUUUAUCAACGAGACCAGAAAAGUAUUUAGGAGAUAUAGAAAUGUGGAAACAGGCAGAAAUGGCUUUGGAAGAGAGUUUGAACCAUUUUGGAGAAUCUUGGAAACUGAACCCAGGUGAUGGAGCCUUUUAUGGACCAAAAAUUGACAUAACGAUAAUGGAUGCACUGAAAAGAGCUUUCCAGUGUGCUACCAUACAGUUGGACUUUCAGUUACCCAUACAAUUUAAUCUGUCAUACAUAAGUGAAACUGGGGAGAAAAAGAGACCGGUGAUCAUACAUAGGGCAAUUUUGGGUUCUGUGGAACGUAUGAUAGCUAUUUUAACAGAAAGUUAUGCUGGUAAAUGGCCGUUCUGGUUGUCUCCACGUCAGGCCAUGGUCAUUCCAGUUGGACCAGUUUUUGACGAAUAUGCAGAAGAAGUACAAAAGAAAGUUUUCGACGCGGGAUUCAUGUGUGAAGUAGAUAAUGAUGCAGGAGAUACAAUGAAUAAGAAGAUUCGAAAUGCACAACUGGCGCAAUUUAAUUUUAUACUCGUUGUUGGAGAGAAAGAACGCAGCAGUCAAACUGUUAAUGUUCGUACGAGAGACAAUAAGGUCCAUGGAGAAGUAACUGUCGAUGAAUUGAUAGAGAAAUUCAAGAAUUUGCGAGAUAACUUUGUAAUUGGUGAAGAUACUUUCUAAUUUAAACUACGGCUUUUAUAUUGAAUUUGUUCCAUUUUUUUUAUUAAAUGUUGGUUUAGUAAUUUA